UUUUAUUUUAAUGAAGCACAUUGGAUUACUGAUAGAACUAUAAGUUGUAUUUUAAACUCAUGCUCUAAUUUACGAUGCUUAGGUAUACUGGCUAGUCGUGAAAAAAUCAAAGAUGCAACUACAUUAGUACAAACUCACCUCAAAUUAGAGUACCUUGAUUUCGUCUAUGUUAUGGCUUUUCGAAACGAUUCUCUUAUUGUAGCUAUUAUUAGAUCUUCCCCAAAUUUAAAACAUUUCAAUAUUUCUGGUAAUGAUAUUGGUGAUGAG